CUCACCUUGUGCAACCUAUUUAUAUAUUUCUUCCCCAAUUUUUAUUAUUUAUUAUUUACAAAGCAAAACAAUAAUCAAAAAGAGGGAGAAAAAAAAAAGAAAAAAAAAAACUAAAUCUCAACUUCCUUCCGUCUUCUUUUUUUCACUACCUCUCUCCAUGGAUCCAGUCUCCGAUGAUCCUAACAAACUUUCCGACUGCUUUCCUUUGAGUCAAUACCAUGCUCACGUCGUCAGCAAUAACAUACGAAAUCGCGCUCUUGCGGCUGGAGGAGCUCCUCUUCCUCCAGAUGCUUCCAGCAACUGCCCUCCUUACCCCCAAAUGAUUCGCGCGGCGAUUGCGGAUUUGAAUGAACCGGAUGGUUCGAGCAAGAUUGCAAUUUCGAGGCACAUCGAGCGAUCCCUGUACACUUUACCUGCUAAUCACGGAUCUGUGUUGAGUCACCAUCUCAAGGUCAUGAAGAAGAGUGGUGCUCUCGUUAUGGUGAGGAAAUCCUACAAGCUGGCUUCUGGAGGUCCCGAUGCUCCCAGAUCUGUGAUUACUCCGGUGCAGGCCUCUGCUUCCCAGCCUCAGAAGCGAGGUCGUGGACGACCUCCAAAACCUAAACCCCAAGCUCAACCACAACCCAUCACCGUCCAGUCUAAUGGACAGUCUGUGACCAGGCCGACCGGGGAGGUCACGGAAUCGGGGAAGAGACGACCUGGUCGUCCAAGGAAGGACGGAUCUGCUCCGAUCGUUCAAGCUGCGGCGAUGGCCGGAAUCAUGAAACGAAGAGGCAGGCCACCGGGUCGCAGAGCUGCUGGGAGGCAGAGGAAGCCCAAAUCUGUGUCGGCUACUGCCUCUGUGUUUCCUUCCUACGACGCUAACGGUGCGAGACGCGCAGGAAGGCCGAGGAGUGCUGAAUCUAGCGGCACCGUAGCUGCCGCUCCAGCUGGUGGAGAAGCUGUGGCGGUUGCGCCAGGGAUGAAGCGUGGACGUGGACGACCACCUAAGAUCGGCGGCGUUAUGAACAGGAUCAUUGCGAAGCCGAGUCGUGGACGAGGCCGUCCCGCUGGCAGACCCAGAAAGAACAUAACUGUGGCACAGGAGCCUGCCUAUGGCGAACUCAAGAAGAAGCUUGACCUCUUUAAAGAGAAAGCAGUUGAGAUCUUCAAUAUGCUUACAGCUGGUGGUGAUCAAUCGGUGGCACAAGCCCGAAAGGAGCUUGAAGUGCUGAUACAAAUGGAAGAAGUGCAACCAGCACCGCAGCCACAGGGAGAGGAAAGGGGAGAAGGAGAGCUAGGACAGGCUCUGGCUCUGGCUCUGGCUCAGACAGAAGAAAUGGCAAUGCCAGAAGCUUGUGUUGAAGAAUAAUGAUCUAAAAAAAACUGCCUAGAUAUAGCCUUGGUGUUAGGCUUUAGGAGGAGGGUUUUCUUUUUUAUAGUAUUUUGAAUCGUAUCUUGUACCUCAAUCUUUUAUGGAAUUUUAGUUUUUCAUUUAUUUUUGGUCUGCAUAAGCAGAAACAAAAGACUCGUUAAUGGUGUUGUCACUUCAAUGUCUGUCUCUCUAGUUUUGUUCGUUAAUUAUCCUCAUGUCCCGUGCACAAUUAACCGUUAACUCAAAAGUUAUUUGACUCGGAAACUUGUUACAGGUUAUAGCUA